AAAAUUUUAUUAUUUUUUUAAUUUUCAUAUGAUAUCAAUUGUAUUCUAUCAGAAGAAAUAAAUAGAAAAAAUUUUCGGUAUGUAUAACGAGUAUUAAAGAAUAAUCAAAUAACAAUGAGCACGUGUAAAUUCAUUCAAAUUUCCCGGAUCAGUUUAAUACAAAGGCGCCAAAAGUGGCGCUAUCAGUUAAACAAAAAAGAAUAAUAUUUCUGAAUAGUAGGUGAGAAAAGACAUAUACGUUGUUUGAAUUUCAUUGAAUCGUGCGAUGUAUUUUAUUUUACUUGGUUUUGAAAUUAUCACCUUAUAGGGAAAACUAAAAACAAGUGAAUGUCUAAUAAGAAUACUGAUAUAGCUAAAGAAGCUUCUAAUUUUAUUACUAUCGAAGAAAUGGAGAAAAAAAAACUUCAUAAUGUAAAUGAGGAUACAAAAUUACAUUCUAAGGGCAACAAAACAUUUGUUAAUAAAAAUAAAAAAUAUAGAGGGAGAGAAAACAAAGAAAAUCUUGUACUAAAUGCAUGUAACAUAGGAAACUUAGAUAUAAUUGAAGAGUAUCUUAAUGAUCAUGAUGUGAAUAAUUUUUUAAAUACUGGUUGGACUUUACUUUUACAUGCUGCAUCAUCUUGUAACGUAAAAAUUGUUGAAUGCCUUCUGAUACAUGGAGCUAAUGCUAAUCUACAUAAAGAUGGAUUUACACCAUUAAUGGCAUUAUGUAGUUCUACAAAAGGAAAAAUAGAAGAUUGUUUAAGCUGUUUAUUUCUGUUAAUUGAAGCAUCAAAUAAUGUAGAUGCAACUAAUAAUCAAAAGCUAACAGCUUUAAUGUAUGCUUGUAAAACAAACAAAAUAGAAAUUGUGAGGGAACUAAUAAAAUAUACCAAAAAUAUUAAUGCUUAUGAUAGUGAAGGUUAUACUGCUUUGAUGUAUGCUGUCUUAAGCAAUGAAGUUGAAAUAGUAAAAUUACUUUUGGACAAUCAAGCUGAUGUCACAAUUAAAAAUAAUCAUUAUGAGACUGCUAAAGACAUAGCAAAUUUAAAGGGAUAUGAGGAGAUCUUAUCGUUAUUACCCAGCGAAAAUGAUGUAUCAACUACAUAUGAAUUAUCUAGAAUGGAUGAAUGGAAACAUAUGUUUCAUAGAUUGUCCCCUAAUCAAGAUCAAGUUGUUAAGUGUGAUAUAUCAGAUAUUUUGUAUGGAAUGGGAUUACGAAAUUAUACUAAUCUUUUUCAAGGAAUGGAGCUUCAAACAUUUUUACAAUUAACUGAAAAAGAUCUCAUAAAUUUAAAAAUGGAUAUUAGUAUUCACAGAGAUCGAUUUUUAAAAGAUUUAUAUAAAUUUCAUCGUAAAACAUGGAAAAUGCAGACCAUAGGGACUGUUAGUUCAUCUAAUUCUUACACAUUUUAUGAUGGGAUUGUAUCCAUGGGUAUUAUUGCAAAACAAGUUUUAGUUAUGACUUCUACUUUUCAUUAUAUAAAAAAAAAUAUAAAUAAUGAUUCUCCUGAAAUUAUGUUUGCCAAUAAUAUACAAAUAUCUAAAUAUCUAAGAUCAAUUAAAAAUGUUGAAGAGGCACUUGUAAAUAUGAAACAAAAACUUUUGCAUGUAAAAACUCUUGUAAAGAAGAUGAACGUACAAAAUACCUUAAACGAACCUCCGUGUCAUAUCGGUUCAAAAACGGCAAAAAAUUUUUAUUUUAAACCUAUAAUAUUGAGUAUACUAUUAGUAUGUGGAAUAUAUUUAACUAGAGUAUGAGUUUAUAAAUAAAGAACUGUCAGUAAGUAGAGAAGAAGCAAUCCAUACUUAUUUGUUUUUUACUUCAUAUUAUUAAAGUAUAUAGUUUUUUUGUACAGUAGAAAUAUGGAUUUCAUAUUCUUUAUAAAAUCUUAAUCACAUUUACAUCUUAUUUUAAUAAACAAUUCGUUUUACUUAAUGAUCGUAUAAGUUAGCUAAUUUUGUCAUUAACGGAAACAAAGAAUGAAAAGAUGGAAUAUUGUUUUGUUGUAUAGUUAACUGAUAACGUUCCAACGAUCCUUUACUGAGAGCUAUUCUAUCCUUUUCUUCUGUAUGACUAUCCAUCCAUUGAGAUAAUCGUCCGAUGGACCAACCUGCACUCUAUAAAUUAAAAUAUAUACAUUUUUUAAGAUUCGUAUUACUUUUCAAUCUUAAAAAUUAAUAAAGAGAUGAUUAAAUAAUUUACUUGAUGUGGAGAUAAUAAUUCAGGUGGUGCACCAGAAAAUAAAUGUAGAAGGAUAAGAGAUGGUGGUACACUGUUUUCUGAUGGAUCUUCUAAAACUUUUUGUACCAUAUCUUCUGGCUUUUGUAAUAUCAAUGCUUUUAAAGCUCUUAAUCUCCUAUAUUGUUGUUGUUCUAACAAACUUAACUGACCUCCACCACAUAAUGGUGAUACAGCAUGCUCCAUCUGAAUAUAAAUCGAUGCUUUUAUUGUAGUAAGCUUUUUAUAUGAAUAAUAUUUGUAAUGAUAUAUACCUGAGUGAAAUCCAUAAUUAAUUUUUUUCUUCCAAAAUCUGUUAAUGGCCUCAAUAAACAAGCAUGUCUCAUAAAUAAUUCAAUGCAUCUAGAAGCUACAGCCUUACAACUUAAAAAUUAGAUUCCAAUGUUAGGAAAUAAAAUAAAGUAUAUUGUAUUAUAACGAUUAUAACAAAA